AUGGAUCAAUAUUCGUACACGGAGCUUGAUGGCGUUAUGAAAAAUCCGCCAGAAGUAUCUUAUGAGUCUGAUAGUAAAUCAGAGUACAAUGAGGAUAAGACAAGUGAACCAGUAACACCAAUUUCGGAAAGUGUUAACGUUUUAUACAACACGAGAGCUCUCAGCAGACACGCAACAACGUACAAACUUGAAAAAUUCGAAAAGAACUUCAUGAUAAUAUUUAAUCAAGAAAAUAUUGUCGGCUACGAACCGAGGUUAGGAACAGAAAAAGAUGUUGCAUCACUUUGCAGUACGUUUUCGGAAUUUGGAUUUGAAUGUGUCGUUCGUACCGAUUAUACGAAAGCGGAAAUAAUGGAAGAACUUCAAGUAUUGAAAGAAAAAGAUUUCACGGACUAUGGAUGUGUAGCGGUAGUGGUGUUGACACAUGGAUCUUCCGGAGGUUUACUUAAAGCAAAGGACACGUCGUUUCACGAAAGCGAGAUUGUAAAUUUCUUUAAAACUCACGACAAACCCACACUAGCAACGAAGGCAAAACUUCUAAUAGUUCAGGCCUGUCGAGGCAAGAAACCAAUAAGGGCGAUAUACGUAGGGCAGGCAGCAAAAAUAAGUAAGGAUGAAGAUGAUCGUGCUGAUGAACCUUACACGCUACCAAUCGAGUCAGACAUGCUAAUUCUCCACAGUUCAUACAGAGGUAACCCCUCUCACAGAGACGAACUUCACGGUUCAUGGUUAAUACAAACACUUUGCACUGAAAUUAAAAGGAAUUCCCCAAGAUUGGAUCUAGAAUCAAUCCUCACUGACGUUAAAAGAAAAGUAGCUAUCGAUUUUUUUCACGCAGUUUACAAUAAAGGAUCUCGAGAAAUAGAUAUUAACAAACAAAUGCCAGUCGUUACGUCUACGUUAAUAAGGAAAUUGUAUUUUAAAAAGUUCAACGAUGAACCUUCAACACCGGAAGUAUUCAGUGAUAGAGGAACGAUGGGACAGAAUGAGGUUCUUGAUAGUGAAACACCACAGACUCCUACGUUGCUGCCACGAUUUGGACCUUGCUUCUGUUUUCUAGACCAUUUUUCAUAUUUGAAGAAGUGUUUAAGGCAUUUGUUAGCAGAAAAUCCAGAGGACAUGCUAGCAAGAUCGUAUCUUAAUUUAUGCGAUACGUUUGACGAUAAUGUAGAUUUUAAUGCAGCUAAGGAGAAAAUGGCUACCCUCAUAUCUUUGCAUCUCAAAAAUUAUGAAGGAACGGUAGAAUUUUUCAAAUAUUUACAUUUGUAUGAAACUAGGCCCUAGGUUCUUUUUUUUUU